UCGUUUUAAGAUAAAUCUUCCAUCACAAACAAACCAGUCUCAAUUUUUUUGCAAAGCAAAAUGAAACCGUUACUAAUUUGCGUCCUCGGCUUGUUGUCCGUCUCGACUUUCGCCCUCCCCGAUUCCGUCGACUGGAGAGACCAAGGCGCCGUCACCCCAGUCAAAAACCAAGGCCUUCUCGAUUCACCUUGGCUCUUCAGCGUCACCGGUGCUCUCGAGGGUCAAAAUUUCCUAAAAACCGGCCAACUCAUCGCGCUGAGCGAGCAAGAGCUAGCCGAUUGCGUCAGCGUGAAUGGUACGACUGAAGAUGCCUACAAGUACGUGAUCGGGCACGGGCUGGCGGCCGAUGCGGAUUACCCCCAUCUUGACGACGGCAGUUGCCAUCGCGAGUCGAUUGCGUCAGCGGUCACUGAAACUGCGUACGUUGAGGUGGACUACGACGAAGAGGUGCUUCGGAGGGUGGUGGCAGCGGUGGGUCCGGUGGCGGUCGAGGUUAAUGCGCGUGCGUGGACCACGUACGCUGGCGGGAUUUUCAAGUGUCGGAGGCCGGUGCCGACGAACCAUGGGGCGCUGCUGGUGGGAUACGGGAACGAAGAUGGGGCGGAUUAUUGGUUGGUGAAGAACUCGUGGGGGGAGGAGUGGGGCGAAGGGGGGUAUAUUAGGGUUGAGAGGAGUAUUGAGGGGGACUGCGGGAUUACGUUGUAUGCUACUUAUCCUGUUGUUUGA